CCUUAGUCUUUCUGCCCGCGCCCGAACAAUCUCAUUAUUUAUCAAUCCCCCCUCAUCAACGAAUCACCGCCAAGAUGUCGCUCGAAGCAACCAUGAUCGUUGUCGACAAUAGCGAAAGCAGUCGCAACGGGGAUUAUACCUCGACACGAUGGCAAGCGCAGAUCGACGCCGUCAGCGUCAUCCAUACCGCCAAGAUGCGUGUACACCCUCAAUCGGCCGUCGGUCUCAUGAGCAUGGGAGGCAAGGGCCCCGAGGUCCUUUCGACAUUCACGACUGACUUUGGUGGAAUCCUGUCUGGCCUGCACCGCACGAAGAUCCACGGCACGGCCCACCUUAGCUCCAGUAUACAGGUUGCCGGGUUGGCCCUGAAACACCGCUCCGAGAAGUCGCAGCGCCAACGUAUCGUCGUAUUCUCGUGCUCGCCCAUCGAAGAAGACGAGAAGACUCUGGUGAAGCUGGCGAAGAAGAUGAAGAAGAACAACGUAUCCAUCGACGUGAUCGCCUUCGGUGACCUGGAAUCCGACCAAACGAAGAAGCUGGAGGCCUUCGUCGAGAACGUCAAGGGUGGCGAUGGAUCGCACCUGGCCAUCAUCCCGCCGGGACCCAACCUGCUCAGCGAAGAGCUCCAGGUUACACCCAUCCUGGGUGGCGACGGCGCCGGAGAUGAGGGCGCGGCCGGUGACGGAGGUGAGGCCGGUGGCUUCGGCUUCGAAGAUGCGGCCGAGAACGACCCCGAACUGGCAUUCGCCCUGCGUCUAUCCUUGGAAGAGGAGAAGAACCGACAGGAGAAGGAGAAGAAAGAGCGCGAGGAGCAAGAACGGAAAGAGAACCUGGACAACAUCCCCGAGGAAGGCCAAUCGGGCGAAUCGAGCGGCGGCAAAGACAAGAAAGACGACGGCGAUAAGAUGGACACCGCGUAAGGAGAGAAAGCCCCAGUGAGUUUCUUCUCUUAAGGACGAAUUUUGAUGCAUACCCGGCGUUGUUCUUCUUGUGUAUUUGAGUGCUCGUAUCUACUAUCUUUCCGGUUUGUAAUUCUAGAAAGCGUUUCCCAUCUCGACGCUUUUGAAAGGAUGACUUGAUCUAUGUCUGC